AAAAACAGUUUUGUAAAACAUACAAUAUUACGCUUUACUAUAAUAUUAUUAAUUAUUAAUCGACAUCGUUAACAGUAUUAUAUUCUCAGUCGUGCAGUGUCACCGUUUUCCACGCAUGAGAUUGUAACGAGACGUAAUCAUAACGUACCACAAUAAUAACAAUAAUAAUAUAUUAAUAUAAUAUUAUUAUGACGGACUUCAUUAAUCGUGACAAAUCACCGAACCGACACAACGAUCAUGUUGACCAUCGUUUCGUAUCACAGCUACGCCCGACGCCACUACAGCACACGUAACCAUGUCCUCUACAGCGGGACAGUCCACGUCGUCGUCGGGCGGAUCGUCCACCAACAGUGUUCUGGAGAAGUUGGGCCUGCUGCUCGUAGCCCUUGUCGUGCUCCGCCUCACCCGGGCCACCAUGCGGUUCGCGUACCGGCACGUGUUCGGCCCGUCGGCCCUGUGCCGGGGCACCGUCGACUUCGUCAAGUGUGGCAAGUGGGCCGUUGUGACAGGCGCCACGGACGGGCUGGGCAAGGCGUACGCCCGGCAACUGGCCGGCCGCGGCAUGGACGUCGUGCUGGUCAGCCGGACGCAGGCCAAAUUGGAGGCAACCGCCGAAGAGAUCCGUGCUGAACACCCGGGCCGCCGCGUCAAGUGCGUCCGCGCUGAUUUCGCCGACCCGGACACGGCCACGGUGUACAGCCACGUGGGCCGGGAGCUGCACGGGCUCGAGGUGGGCGUGCUGGUCAACAACGUUGGCCUGUCGUACCCGCACCCCGAGUACUUCUUGAAGGCCGUCGAAGACCGGUCCGGCGACGCUGACGGUGGAAAGGCCGCCUCGUCUGCGGGAUGGGGACCGCAACUGUUCGACGACAUGAUCCGGUGCAACAUCACGUCCAUGGUCAACAUGUGUCGACUGGUGAUGCCUGGCAUGGCCGACCGGAAGCGCGGGUGCGUCAUCAACAUCGGAAGCACCGCGUCCCGGAUCCCGUGUCCUCUGUUGACGAUGUACGGGGCCACCAAGAAAUUCGUCGAGAAAUUUAGCCGAGAACUGAACACCGAAUACAGCGGCAGAGGCAAGCACGGCACAAAUAUCACCGUGCAGUGCGUGAUGCCUGGAUACGUAGCCACCAAGAUGAGCAAGAUCGCACGUACCUCUUGGUUGGUUCCAUCGCCAGACACCUUCGUCCGAUCGGCACUUCAGACCACCGGAUUGGAACCGGUCACCACUGGUUACCUGCCACACUCACUGAUGGUGAAAGGUAUCGAACUCGCUGAGAGCAUAUCUGAGUCGAUGAUGGCCCGGACAGUGAUGAACAACAUGCUGGGCAUCCGGACCCGGGCCUUGCGCAGGCAGGCCAAAGAACAACAGCAGCGAGAGGAAGCGCAGGCCGCCGCCGCCACUGACGAAUAAAUCGAACGGUUUCAAUUCGUAAUAAUAUCACGACACCAGCCAUCGUCCGUGUCCACCGCCACUUAUAAUAUUCGUCAAGAGCGUCACCGUCUCGGACACGAUGUCGCGCACCACCGCAUUACGGUUGUAUCGACCCUAGUGUGUAAUUCGAUGUUUAAGUCUUAGGUUUAAUCUAGUUCAUAGUUGUAGACGAUAUUAAUAUUACGUCAGGGUUGAUUUUGGGCAAAUCACUAGUAAGUAGAUGGUGAAAUAAAUAUCACCUUAAGGAUCGCUUAGGAACAACCAAUUAUUGAUAAUCAGAUGAAUGUCGAGAUCACUAUAGAGAUUAUCGUAUUAGGUCUUCCGAACGGAUUAAUAACUAAUAUUAUCAUCAACUAAAAUGUUGAUGUUAACACAAAUGCCUUAGGAAUAACUAUUAGGUUAUCGAUUAUUGAUAAUUAACUAUAUUUAAGUUUUCGAAGUCAGGCGGACGAGAUGAAUUCAACCACAAUUAAUUGUUUUUUAAGUUAACCUGUUUUAAUGGUAGUUGUGUUUCAGAUCAUUAUUAUGUUAUAAUUAAGUUAAAUUCUAUAAAUUCUAUUCUACCCCCCCCCCCCCCACAUCCCCUCCCUUGUCACCGCCAGCAAUUGUUACUUCUUUUUUGAACAAAAUAUUAUAUUUUUUCUUAAGUUGUCUUAUUUAAG